ACCCUGUCUGUCUUGACACUGGUCCAACCUCGCAGGCUCCUCUCCCUCAGGAUGACUGGGAGUGACGCAGGGCAGACAGGAAAAAAAAAAGAAGAAAACUGGGGCUUUCAGGGGAAGGACAGAUGAACGGCGGUGAUGCAGGGUGGACUGUAGCUUUGAUUUCACAGGUUUAAGCCCAAUGCCCGCGUGCGAGGACACGAGAGUCAAGUCUUUCCUGUGAGAUAGAGUAAUAAUAGGCUAAUAGGCAUCAUCACUUCAGCUGUGGGGCGGAUCAGUUGAGGAUACACUCCAAGGUAACAUUGAUCCCGCCUCUGCCCAUGGAAAAGUAGCCUAGUCAUCCCUUUUUCUCACUGAAUACCACGUUGUAAUCUGCAUCCUCUUGGAGGAUAUUUGGACACCCCUCUCCGUCAUUUUAUUAAGUCUCCAUCAUGAACUACCUGCGUCGACGACUCUCGGACAGUAAUUUCAUGUCCAACCUGCCCAAUGGCUACAUGACGGAUCUUCAACGCCCCGACCCGCCGCAGCAGAGCCCCGCAGUGUCGCCUGGGCCGACGGAGAGGCGCCAGUCCACCAGCCAGCAGCCGCCUGUAGGAGGUGCAGGUGCAGGUGCAGGUGCAGGCUCAGGCUCGGGCUCAGGCUCGGGCUCAGGCUCCGGCUCCGGCUCCGGCUCCGGCUCCGGCUCCGGCUCCGGCUCCAGCUUCUUCUCCUCCAUCUCCAACGCUGUCAAACAGACCACGGCUGCAGCUGCCGCGACCUUAUCCGAGGCAGCGGACCGCGCAGGGGUCUCCAGCAGCGCAAAGGUCCUCUUGGUUAUCGAUGACCAGCAGACCGACUGGGUAAAGGUCUUCAAGGGAAGAAAGGUCCACGGUGAUUUUGACAUCAAAGUGGAACAGGCUGAAUUCUCUGAAAUCAACCUGGUGGCCAAUGCAACAGGAACCUACAAUGUGAACAUUGAUGCGUUUAGGAAUGGACACAAGGUCAACAAGUCCUUUAAGCCAGACUUUGUGCUGAUCCGACAGCAUGCAUUUAGCAUGGACAAGAACGGAGACCACCGGAACAUGGUUAUCGGCCUGCAGUAUGCAGGACUGCCAAGUGUUAACUCUUUACACUCUGUCUACAACUUCUGUGACAAACCAUGGGUGUUCGCUCAGAUGUCCAGAGUCUUCAAGCAACUUGGCCCAGAGGAGUUCCCACUGAUUGAACAGGUUUACUAUCCAAACCACAAGGAAAUGAUAACCUGCCCUCGGUUCCCUGUUGUGGUAAAGAUGGGCCACGCUCACUCAGGAAUGGGAAAGGUUAAAGUGGACAAUCAAUAUGAUUUUCAAGAUAUUGCCAGUGUUGUAGCACUGACCAAGACUUAUGCCACAUCUGAGCCCUUCAUUGACGCUAAGUAUGAUGUCCGCAUCCAGAAGAUAGGGGACAAUUACAAAGCAUACAUGAGAACAUCAAUUUCUGGAAACUGGAAAACCAACACUGGCUCAUCCAUGCUUGAGCAGGUGGCCAUGUCAGACAAGUACAGAAUGUGGGUGGACUCUUGUGCUGACAUCUUUGGAGGGUUGGAUAUCUGUGCUGUGGAGGCUCUGCAUGGUAAAGAUGGCAAGGACUACAUUAUAGAGGUAGAUGACUGUUCAAUGCCACUGAUUGGGGACCAGCAGGAUGAGGAUCGGGUUCAGAUUGCAGAGCUGGUGGUGUCAAAGAUGAGCCUGAGUGUUCCUCCCACUUCAAGCCCUUCAACAGUGCGUGCCUCAGCAGCACAGCCAGCACAGAAAGCGUUGUCUCCUCAGCCGGUCUCACAGUCAAGAGUACCACAGGCUCAACAGCGCCCCUCGCCUCAGGGGUCUUCUGUAGGUGGCCCUCAGCAGAGUCCCCCAUCCCAGCAGCGACCUCAGCCUCAGGGCCAACCUCCUGUACAGGCCCAGCAGCAGCCUGCUGCUAGUCCUGCUGUUGAUCCCAGUGCUAAAGCAAACCAGGGCACUGCAGGCCAGCCACGGCCCACAGGUCAGGGAGCUACUCAAGGCCAGAGAGCUUCUUCUGGUCAGGGCUCUCCUCAGCGAAGCCAAGGAGGUUCACCUCAAACUCAGAGGCAACAGUCCGUCCCUGUACAGCAGAAACAGAGGCCUGCCCAGCCCCCCAGGCAGCAGUCCCAGGGUGGGCAACAACAACAAAGGGCUCCUGGCCAGCAAGGCCGUCCUGGCUCAGCCACCACCCAGCAACCGCGACCCGCUGCUCAAGGCCAAGGGGGCCCAGGUGGACGACCCCCCCUGCAGCAAAAGCCUCAGCCCCCACAGAAGCCAAGUCAGGACAACUCGCCACAACUGAACAAAUCCCAGUCUCUUACCAAUACCUUCAACAUUCCAGAAACCCCGGCGCCACGAGCCAGCCUUAGCCAGGAUGAGGUGAAGGCUGAAACCAUACGCAACCUACGCAAAUCUUUUGCCAGUCUCUUCUCAGACUGAGAUGGUAAAAGCCCCCCUCACCCACCCCUCCUCCUUCUGACAGAAAGAUGGACAGGAAAACCGAAGGCUAGACCCCCCUCCCCCCAACAAGGACCAACAAAACUCCGACCCUAAUAUGAAAAUGUACACACUUGACACCCACUGCCUAAAAUGUUUCAAUCUUUUAAAGUAAGCAAAAAGUAGACUACACAGUAAAUUUAACCACUAAUGUCUGAAACAUUCCUUGCGUCGCUUCAAGCUAAAGUAAGACAUUUACUUGUGUCAUGCUACACACAACACAAAAGCCUGUAUAUAGCCUAAAAGAGCACACAAACACUCGUACAGAGAUAAGACCCAAGAAAACACACAACUUGUUUGCUGGUGCCGUUAAGUCAUUGUAACCCUUACGUUUGAGUUUAAGUUGGUUUGCUGACCAACCAAAUGAAGUAAGGGACUGUAUGGAAAUUAUUCUGGAUAGCUAGUUCUGAAACUUUACGUCAUGAAAAAUAAAUUUUUAAAUGGGAGGCUUUAAAAAAAACCCCACUGUAUUUGAAUUAAUAGCUGCAUAUGAACUGUUUUAUAGCCACAAAAUUGAACAUGCAAAGUGGUUAUGGACUUCAUUAUUUCCCCCAACCCCAAAUCCUCUAUACAUGGCAAAAUAGCCCUCGAUUACACCUGUAAAAAAAAAAUCAUCUUUGAUGUAACUUUUUUAUCCAAAUUAAACUCACAAAUAUAAACAAACAUUUGACUCCUCUCCCUACAGAAACAUGUAAAGAUAUAUUCCCCUCCCCCCCUUCUGUCCCUAAGCCCCCUAAUAAUUUAUAUACAGUCCCUAACUCAUUACAGCCGCGCACAUAGGAUGUCUGUUUCUUAAGCUAAUGCUAGAUCUGUUCAAGCUGUUGACCGCUCAUGGUGAUGUCUUCGCUGCAUGUCAACAGGAGGCAAUGGUUGCGUUCUCCAACCCCUGACAUUGGCGCUUGUAACUGUGUCGUCACACGUAGUUGAAUUAGUUCUUGCAGUAAGCUAUUAGGUGUUGUGAGGAUGUUGUUGCUGCCACUUUCUCUGAUUUUAAUUUUGUCGCACAAGAACAAAAAGCUGGAAAGCUCUUCACCAUGAAAGCAUGCCUUACACAGACAAGAGCGUCAGAUCAAAUGGAGCUGUCUCAGGGAUGUCCAGUUGAUUGUGACACUUGUAUGUUGGUGAGGGUCUUCCAUUAUAGUUUUAUGGUUGUUGUUGUUGUUGUUGUUGUUAACCAAUGAUGAAGGAAAAGCAUGCAUUAUGAUGAGGUGAGUGUUUUUUAUUGUUUCAUAAGCUUUUGCAAACAGAGUAUAUUGCAGAAUAAUACUUGAAUAGAGAGACACUGACUGAUGUAAGUCUGUAUUUUCAGGGUUAUUUCUCUGUUUCUUGACAAGGCAGCAUCACAGAGGCUGUGUACAGCUGGCACUAACAUGCAGACUUCUUGAAUCUAUCAGCAGUGGAGAGCCAUUAAUACAAGUGUGGACGCACCCAAUACUGAUUGCAUCUGAUCACUCAAGCCACAUUUAGAGUAUGUCUGGGAGGUAUAGCAAAGAUUAUGUUCGGGAACAGACCACUCCUCUUUCAUCCUUGUCUGUUUUAGACCUGUUGGCUUGAUUACCUUCAUGCCAUUUUAAGCAAAUGAUGACCUAGUGUAUGCAUCAAAAUGUGCUCUUCAUGAAGCAACAGGAAAUGUUGUGUUUUGUGUUGAGCCAGUCAUUUACAAUGAAUUUGAUUUUCAAUACUUCACGAUCCUAGGGUAAGGGGGAUGAGGGUGAGAUGGUGCCUGGACGAGAUUGUCCAGGAUGGAAAAAAAUGAAAGUGUCCUCCUGUCCCGACGCAAACGCCUCUCCUUUUUCAAUUAACAUCCCAUUUGAAUGCAUAAACUACAUCUCCCAAUGCUUGGAAUGACAUGAGCUGGAGAUGUGACCCACAAGCCGAUCAUUGCAGCUCGUAACAAUGCUGUAAAGUAAGGCUCCAGAUGUUUGAGGAUGUGUGAGUGAAGCAUCCACAUGUUUUUGUUGGAUACUUUAACCGUUAACAGAGACUCCAGUCGAAGAGUAGAGUCUUUAUUUUACUGAUAAACCACAGACCUGUGGAGGAAAAAGUCUCGUGUUAUGUAAACACGCUUUCUAUGAAAUGAAUGUGUGUUAAUGCUCGAGGUGAUCCCAUCACCCAGGACGCAUGUUAAUACCAGGUGUAAACAGAGCUUUAGUGCUGCUGUGUCAGUAACAGGUGUGGUGCAGUAUUGUACAGCGUAGGUGGGUUUGGUUGAGGAACAUUUUUUGGAACAAAUGGAUUAUUUACAGACAGUUUCAUUUAAUAUUCCCUUUAUUUGAAAGCAAUGUAAUGAACACACUUGCGACUGUAAACCAGCCUGAGACUAAGUGGAUGUACAAUCAGUUUGUGGUUUCUUGUCUGGCUGGUUUAGGGUUCAACAGUUUGUGAGUGCAUUAUGUUUUUGCACUUUAUUGCACUAUAUAAUUCAGCACAGAGGCAGAUGCUGCUUUCAUACGUGUGCCUCCUGGUUGUCAACAGGUUCAACGUAAGCAAGAGUCCAAACAAUAAACGAUAUAAUGUAAAUGUAAAAGCAAAGGUAUAUCACCUGUAGGAUGCCCCUCUGCAGCUGAUUUGACACUCCCCGUCACCCUUCCUUUGCAUUGACAUCUUCGCUAUUCUAAAAAUCUGAAACAAUUCUGUUUCCAGGCACUAAAAAAGUCUUCCAGAAGGAGUGCUUUUCAUUUGAAAGUGGACGUCGUAUGGCAAUAACAUGCUUUUUUAGAGAAGACCCAAUAGCCAAAAGUGAAAAGGAGUCUUGGUCCCCCUGCUCAUUCUCCAUGCUGCCUGUGAUUAUCAGUCUGUUUGUGUAGCCACAGUGACCCCUUGUGCUCAAUGGUGCAUAAAUGUAUGAAUGUUGUUCUGUAACCGGUCAAACCAAAAUAGAUGUGUUGUACAGAGCUCAGAGUGAUGCAGAUCGUCGCCUUUUCCCCUGCUGCUACUUGUGCUUUGUGAUAUAUUGUGGAUCUCCUAUCUUUAAAUUUUAUGUUUUUAUACUUUAUUUCAGCCAUUUGUUUAUGCUUCAUAUUUUUCUAUGAGGACUAUCUGGGGCUGUAGAAUUUAUGCAUUUGUGAUUCAGGGCUUCUUUUUUUAAUUUUGCAAUGACUCAGUGUGAGUUUUAUCGCGGUGCAGCCGACUGCCAAGAGAAGCAGAAUGAGCAGCCUUGUGUAACCAUUGCACCGAGUGUGUAAAUUAUGAAAAUGAGCCAUCAAAAACCACCACGGAUGGUUACCUUUGAAAAAUGAUGUCACUCAGAGGCCAUAUUAAGACAUACCAAUCACCAUGGCAACUCCUGAGAGUGACAGGAUGAGCUGCGACUGAAGUGCAAAGAAGUUUUGUGGGGUUUUUUUACGUUUAAAAAAAAAUGACAGAUCUUUUCAUUUGAAAUGUUUACAUUAUUUAUGGUAGAUAUAUUUGACUGUGAAUGUACUUUAUUUUCUUUGUUAAAGCUUGUUUGACUGUUUUCAAAUUGUAUUGAAUAACUAUUGUAAAAAGAGGAAAUUCUAUUCUUUUGAGUGGAACUGAUUGUCAGUCAAUGCCUGCCGGAUUAUCUUCAAUGUAAGUGCAAGAAUCAAACAGCUGAGGUUUUUUGUUAAUCAAAAAUAAGAAACUGCAUAAUGUUAAAUCACGGUGGAAUCUUGAAUUAAAUGUAAAAAAAAAAUAUUUGAUGUUAUAUGCAAUGUAGCUAUAUUAUGUGGAAAUGCGUAUGUUAUAAAAACAUGCACAUGGUGAAUAAAGUCUAUGACCAACAGUGA